UCCGCGGCGGGGACGGCGGUGCUGAUUGGGCGUUGCUGGCUCGGGGGGCGGGACUUGUCCGCGGGGCCCCCAUUGGCCGCGGUGGGGGCGCCCGGUGACGUGGCCGGCGGUGCCGGUGCCGGGGCGAUGCGCGGGCAGGCGGGCGCACAUGGCCAGGAUCGGCGUUCCCUGCCCGUCGUGGCGCUCGGUGGGGCCGUGUCCGGCGCCGCGGCAUCGCCCGGCGGCGCUGGCGCUCGCUCUGGCCGCGGGGCUGCUGCUGCUGCUGCUGGCGGCUGCCGCUCCCUGGGCCGCGCCGCCCCGCGCCGCCCGGCGCGACGAGAGGUAUCUGGCGCGAGUGGAGGAGCUGGCGGCUACCGACACCGAGGACCUGACUCUCAAUUACGGGGUGGUGGUGGACUGCGGCAGCAGCGGGUCACGGGUCUUCGUCUACUUCUGGCCCCCGCACAACGGGAACCCGCACGACCUGCUGGACAUCAAGCAGAUGCGGGACCGGAGCAGCCGUCCUGUCGUCAAGAAAAUUAAACCAGGCAUCUCCGUAGCAGCGGCAGCCCCCGAGCAAGCUACACCCUACCUGCGCCCGCUGCUUCAAUUCGCAGCAGCCCACAUCCCGGCUCAGAAGCACAAAGAAACUCCGCUUUACAUCCUGUGCACGGCAGGCAUGCGGCUGCUGCCCGAGUGGCAGCAAGCUGCAAUCCUGGAGGACUUAGUGAGAAAUGUGCCACUGGAGUUUGAUUUCCUUUUCUCCAAAUCACAUGCAGAAGUGAUCUCAGGGAAACAGGAAGGUGUCUACGCCUGGAUUGGCAUCAACUUUGUCCUGGGACGAUUUGAUCAUGAGGAUGAGGAGGAUGCAAUGGUCACUGUAGCCCUGGGGAACCAGGGAGAGCCCCUGGUUCGGAAACGAACAGUUGGGAUCCUAGACAUGGGUGGCGCCUCCCUGCAGAUUGCCUACGAGGUGCCUGACUCUGGAGCUUUCUCCUCCCCGCAGCAGGAGGAGGCUGCCAAGAGCCUGCUGGCAGAAUUCAACCUGGGCUGUGAUGUGCAGCACACUGGCCACGUGUACCGUGUCUACGUCAACACCUUCCUGGGCUUCGGGGGCAAUUUUGCCCGGCAGCGCUACGAGGAGCUUGUUCUAAAUCAGACCUAUGUGCAGAACCGCCUGCAUGACCAGCAGACAGGGCUGAGUGCCGAGACGCCCUUCCUGGACCCCUGCCUGCCUGUGGGGCUGGAGGACACGGUGGCCAGGGGCAGCCAGACCCUGUAUGUGCGGGGGCGAGGGGACUGGCUGGCCUGUACCGAGCUGCUGCAGCCCCUCCUGGCUGAGCCCAACAGCAGCCAGGCCUCCCUUGUGGGGGCCUACAAAGCACCCAUCGACUUUGGCAACAGUGAGUUUUACGGCUUCUCUGAAUUCUUCUACUGCACCGAGGAUGUGCUGCGUCUGGGGGGGCAGUACAGUGCCCUCACCUUCACAUCUGCUGCCCAGGAGUAUUGCAGCCAGCGAUGGGAGGUCCUGACCCAGCGCUUCCGUGGUGGCCUCUACUCAGCGCAUGCUGACCAGCACCGGCUGAAGUAUCAGUGCUUCAAAUCAGCCUGGAUGUACCAAGUCCUUCACCAGGGCUUCCGCUUCCCCCUGGACUACCCCAGCCUGCGCACGGCCCAGCUGGUGUAUGACCGGGAGGUGCAGUGGACGCUGGGAGCCAUCCUCUACAAGAUGCGGUUUCUCCCACUCAGGGAUCUACGGCAAGAGAGCAUCCGGCAAGCACACGUCUCCUGGCUGCGACUCUCUUUUGUCUACAACCACUAUCUCUUCUUCGCUUGCAUCCUGGUUGUAGUGCUAGCCAUAGUCCUCUACCUCCUGCGGCUGCGCCGCAUCCACCACCGGCAUCUGCGCUCAGCCCAGCUCUGGCUGGACAAGGUGGUGGUGCCACCAGCCCAGGGAAUCGGGUCAUGACACUGGUGGCAUCUGCUAUCCAACUGCGCCAGCAGAACCAGGACUGGCUGACAGCCUGGGCUCCAAGGGCUUGGACUCUUAAGAAAAAGACCAUCUCAACUCUCCACUGUCAGCUUCACAUCAGGAUCUGAGUCUGUGGGACAAGGCAACUACGGACACCAGAGCUUUCCUCUCUGCCUCGCCCAGUUCUAAUCUUUGCAUUCCUUGGCCUCCAACCUUUGCCUUGCUACAUGAUGUAGAGCAAAGUCCUCCGCUGCCAGCAGGCUCAAGGCUGCAGCCCUGGUAGGUCCCUCAGAUUAGCAGGACACUACUACCAAGGUGGUCGACCCAGGGCUGUGGCCUGAAGAGCUGGGACACUCCGUAACUCAGCAACCAGUUUGCAGAGCAAGCUGGUGAGGUGCUGCAGCUUAUGACCUGGGGUGGCCUUUCUGUAGUCCUUUC